AUGUUCUUUCAUCUUACUUUAGAACAUGAGAUUUCAUUACAUCCUAAAUAUUUUGGUCCAAACUUGAUGGAUACAGUAAAACAGAAACUUUUUAAUGAAGUUGAAGGAACAUGUACAGGAAAACACGGUUUUGUUAUUGCUGUUACAACUAUUGACUCAAUUGGUCAUGGCAUGAUUCAACCAGGGCGUGGAUUUGUCACAUAUUUCGUUAAGUAUAAAGCAAUCGUUUUUCGCCCAUUCAAAAAUCAAGUAAUGGAUGCAAUUGUUACACAAAUUAAUAAAGUCGGAAUUUUUUGUGAAAUUGGACCAUUAUCUGUUUUUAUCUCACAACAUUGUAUCCCCCAAGAUCUCAAAUUUGACACUAUUAAUGAUAUUCCAUGUUUUAAAAAUGAUGAUGAAACAAUUGUGAUAAAAAUUGAUGAUGAAAUAAGAGUUAAACUUAUUGGUACCCGAGUAGAUGCUUCUGAUAUUUUUGCAAUUGGUACAUUAAUGGAUGAUUAUCUUGGUUUAGUUUCAACCGAAUAA